CUUACUUCCGAUGAAAAUGAAACAAUCAAUUUGUACUUCAGGAGUAUUUUUAACGGGAUUGUAUUUAAUGCUGUUCAAUAUGGUGAAUUCAGAUCAAAAUGUUGCUAUUAUAAAUAAUCCAGUGGGUACUUUUCAACAGUUGAAUGCUUGGCCUGAUUUCCAAAUCGCUGCAUUUACAGAUUUGAAUGCUGAUCGUCGAAUGGAUAUCAUAUUUACUAAUGGUGAUGGCACGAAAUUGUUUGCUGUGAUUCAGCCAGGUACCAAAGGAUUUCAGUUCGCUUCGUCAACUCCGACCAGUAUUAAUUUCGCUCCGCCUAUUGAAAUAAUGGGCCAUGUAUUAUCUAAACCUAUCCGUAGUGUUGCCACUGCUGAUUUUAAUGGAGAUUCUCGGACUGAUCUGCUAUUGGUGACUUCUGAUUCUGAUACUGGGCCUUUUGAGGUCUAUAUAGCUUAUGGCUUAAAAAGUGAAAAUCGUGGGAAAUUCGAUAAACCUCAGCUUGUGGACACGUUUUCUUCUCAGCCAUUGGUUUGCGAUUUGAAUUCUGAUAUGAUCGCUGAUUUAUACGGUGAAACACCGAAACGUGAAAGGGUGGCAUAUUUGGGCGGGCAAAUGAUUACAAGAGUGUCUGCUUCAUAUUAUGGUCCAUCUUGGUCACAACUUGGUUAUUCAGCUUUCGGUGACGUCAAUGGAGAUGGUAUUCCUGUUCAUCAUUCAACUUAUAUUUACCAGGUCACUGUCCUCAAUGGACUUUGCUCAUCUCCUGACGUAUGUUCAGAUGGUAGAUUACCAUAUGGUCUUCCUGUAACUGGCAUAAGUUCUGAGCUUGAUACGGAGGCUGCUACUGGAGGCCGCCAACUUUCUUCCUCAUUAUUAAGUUCUCAGAGUUGUUGCAGUGCACUUCAGGUGCCCUUUGAAAUACUUGGUUUAGGUCCAUUUGCAAAUUAUGUGGAGAAAUUGACUAUAUCUAUACCUCCAUCAAAGACGGCUAUACGGUCACGUUUACUGUCAUUUAUAGUACCCAAAGCCCAGAUCGUGAUCAAUCCAUUCCCUUUGGAUAAUCCUUCUGCGUGGACUAUGAAACUGUUUCUUCAACCAUUGUAUAACAUGAAGGUGCUUUACAUUGCCAUCACAUUGUUAUGCGUUUGCAUUCUGCUACUAAUUAUUAUUGGCAUACUUCAGUGGUUUGAAUUUCGUGAAGAUCGUUUGGAAAAACAAAAGGAAUCACAACGUUUCCAUUUCGAUGCUAUGUAGAAGGAAUAUGAUUAGAUAUCGACUGAGAGAGAGGAAGGGAAUACUGCAGCAUAUCUAUUUAUUCACUGUUCAAAUUGGUCUCCUAAUGUUUCUUUCACGUUACUGUGCAUAUAUAUGAGAGUAUUGGACUGCGGUUGAUUAACAAAGAGGCUGUGAAUUUCUUUUUACAUUUUAAUCUGAUUAUCAUUUUUCUAAAAAUGAUUGUUUUCCAUUACAUUGUAAGGUUUAAUUUUAAUAUUUCCCUUUAUUAUUUCUCGUAUACACUGUUUAACGAAAGAAAGGAAAUCCCAUAUAUGUGUAUGUGUGUUACUUUUUGGUUGACUGAAUUUUCUGUUGUUAUCGUUUGUUUACGUGCUAACCCAAGUUCUUGUUUACAGUGCUAACUACUGCUUACAUGUCCUACAUAUAUCAUAAAUUUUUUACCAUUUCCGUCUGUUUGUUUUGUCAUUGAUGGUAGUUAUUACCAAAGAUAUUUUAUUUUUGUAGAUAAGUUUCUCUUCAACUUUUUUUUGCGAAUUAGUACUGUACUUCAGUGGUUUAUGCUCUUGAUUAUUAACUGUGUGUGUUCCAAGUUGAGAUGGGAUCUACUUAGUGAAGCAAGGAAAACAAGGUAGCAUCAUUGGGUUUUGUUUAUCACUUAAUACAGAAAAUGUGAUAUGCGGUGUGAAACUCAACCCGCUACUGCUGUUUAUACAUUAGGCUAUAAACUAAGUUUCCUGUAUGAGAGUUAAUGAUAGAACUCGUUUGCACAGGUCCAAUAUAGUUGAUUAGGGUCUGAAAAACUCGAAAUUCAUUAUUGAAUCUAAUGAGCAAUACAUACUUGUACAGGAUUAGUGAGUUAUAUUUGAGAGAUCUGCAUGUGUCACCGAUAAUAAUACGAUUAUUUAUCUAACUGCUUUUUAUUACUCAAUAACUUUUAUUUAAACUGAGCAAAUAUUCGUUUAUCACCUGUGAUUAGCUGUCAUAAAUCUUGAGUAUCCGGUGUAUGAAUAAUUAAUUCAGUUGACAAUUCGGUUUCAGCAGACAAAGUGAGUGAAACAUGCUAGUGGAUAUCUGCGAAAAGGAAUCCAUAGAAUUAUUAAGCAACUUACUCAGGUCUAUAUUGUGAAACAGAACGACUUAAAUUUAGAUUUAUGAAGGUUGUAAAGAUCAGGG